AUACCUUUCGUUCUGUAACGUAAAAUAUGUCAACAUAAUUUUUUUGUAUAAAGUCAUGUAACGUCAUUUGAUUGUUUUUAUAUUUAAAAUUUAUUUUUUUAAAACUAAAUUAUGAGUAACGGUAAUGGUAAUGAUAAACCCGUUAGGUCACUUGAAGAUCCGAAUUUUAAAACAUGCCUCCAAGAUGCGAGGUUUCAGAAUCAGAACGCAACUAAAUGGUGUUUUACCAUGUUCGUAGAUUUUCACAAAUGCGAGCGACUUCUAGGAGAAGGAAGCGAUUGUUGUGGCCAGUUUAAGAAGGUAUAUAGAGCCAUAUGUCCAAACGAAUGGGUUCAAAAAUGGGAAGAACAAAUUGAAGAAGGUAACUUUCCAGUGGAUUUGCCAGAGAAAAGGAAUAAGUAAAACUACGUAAAAUGUUCUUAAUGUUGUCAAUAAACAGAAUUAUUAAAUAUUUUAUUUAUUCAA